AUGAUUGAUCGUGGGAUACCGUUCAGACUAUUUCAGCUUCCUGUGUUCUUUUUGGGGCUUUAUGCAUUAAAGAAAGCGACUCCUAUAGCUACUAUUGGCGUACCCGAAGGAAUGCCCUUCGCAUCAGUAAGCACGUUGCAACUCGCAGUCCUUCUGGCGUCGUAUAUUCCGUUUUUGGCUGUGCCUUUAGCUAUGACUAUCGAUGGUACAAGGCGCAUGGCACAGAUUGUAAGCCAUGCACAACGACUGGAAAAAUUACACAAGAGUUCGUAG